CGAACGUUUAUAUUUAAGGGCUUCCUAAGAAAUUUGAUGUUAAGCGAAAAAUUAUCGCUUCGUGUAUAUACGAGGAAGUGGGGGUACAACUUGUUGAUAAGAGCAUGUCAACAUUGUCAAAUACUUCUGAUUGUGAAGAUGAUGAACACGAUAUAAUAGCUGAAUACGAAAAUCGAGAAUCAGAUGGUGAUCAGGGUAAUAUUCAGAGAAAUGAAGGUUCAGACUCUGAAGAUCAAGAAGGUGAAGAAAAGAAUGCAAAAAGAAGAAUUGACCCAUCAACAUCUAAAACACAUAUAGUAAGGAAUCCUGUACCUAAAUUAAAUACAGAACGUUUGAAAGGUCCUAAAGGAAUACAUACUAUUGAAAAAUAUUUUGAAGGUUUUAAGUUUCAUGGAAAAGGACAUGAAAAGAUGGAUUUGGAUAGAAUUAUGAAAAGAUUGGAGCAUUGGGGGCAUAGACUGUUUCCUAAAUUGGACUUUGAUGAUUUUCUUGAAAAAUUAGAGAAAUUAGGUAAUAAAAAGGAUCUUCAAGUGUUCAUAACAAGAUAUCGCCUAGACAUGAUUAAUAAUGAUAGUGAUGUUACUGAUCAAGAUAUAAUUGAUGCAGAAGAAGAUAAAGAACAAGAUGAACCAUUUGAUGAAUUUGACAAAUUAAUUGCAGAACAAAUAGAAAAACAAAAACAUAUUAUACAAAAAUCAUCAAUAUCUGACACAUCACAAAACAAUAAUGAGGCAUUUGAUAAAUUGUUAUCGCAGUGCAAUGUUAAAAAUUCACAGUCUGUAAAUACUACUUCUACUUCUUCACAAUUAAGUGAUGAAGUAAAAGAGCGUAUAGAAAGAAACAGACAACAAGCUGUUCAAAGAAGACUUGCAAGACUUAAAGAAGUACAAGAAGAAGCUAAGAGAAAGAAACUUGAAGAAACUGAAAGUAUGCAACAGGAAAAUAAUAAGACUCAAAAUAUACAAAAUGAAAAGUCUGAAGAUAAUUCACAAAAUUUAGAUACAAUUCUUAAACAUUAA